GUGUGAGAAUCUCGCCACUCUGUUAAUCACGGCUUUAGACACCUUAACGCAGUUACUACACCACCUGAAUAAAGUAUAUCAUGAAGUCAAAUGUGCAGUCGCUAAAAGGCGACUGCGAUAUAGUUUCAUCACCAUCGGAUUCUGACGAUUCUAAUGAUGAGGAUUAUAGUGACGUUCCGGUAUCGCGGAAGGUCAAGCCGCGCCCGUUUGUUGAACGCAGGGUCAAGGAAGAUCAUUCAUCAAGUCACAUAACCUCACGGUUGUUUGAAAUUGUGAUUAUGCAUCGUCAUGCUAAACUCUCAACAUGUCUACAGAGGAUUUGGUUAACAAUAAGCUCGGCUCAGCGUUAUACAGGCAUUGCUGACAUUUUGAGUUUCAUUUGCGAGUGUGCUGGUUUUAAGCAUUCAUCAAUAUCGCCGGAGUCACUUUUAUCAAAGAAUGGAACGGAGCCUUCUAUUUCGUCCAGUAGGUUACCCCUUCCCGAGGAAGGCAAUGCCGAAUCUCGGAGUCCGUUAGACCUGUACUCAGAUCCCGAUACAAACCAGGUGCCCGGUGAAUCAUCUAGAACUGAUACCACUAACAUCCUGGAUAUGCUUACUGAUUUCAAUUGGGAUACAUUUAGGUUGAUGCUAGCGGACUUGCCUCGCAAUGCCACUUUUGCUGAGCUCCAACAUUGUUGCUUGGACAAGGAUGUCCCAUAUUAUGAUCUUAACACACUCGUUGGACUACCUAACUCUACAUCGAGUAAUGGAAUUCCAAACAAAUUCCAAUCAUUAUGCCUUAGCCGUGUAAGGCAUCUGGCAAUGUCACUUGAGGUUCAUGGUGGUUGGACCAUAGGAUUCGGGCGUAAUAACGCUGCUUAUGUACGAUUUAAGGAGUUUUUCUAUCAGCUGGUACUAGACUCAGAUGAAUCCGUGAUAGGUGAUUUAAUCUAUCUAUGUCAAUGGAUAUUAGCACUUAGUUUAAUUGGUUUCCGUGUUAUCCGUCAGUAUGCCCACAUUGCCGCUAUGGAACUGGUUAAUGGCCUACUCGUGAAAUUGAACACUCUAUGUACCAAUGAACGCGUGCUUAAACGCCAGUUACAAGUUGAGAUAGAAAUGGACCAACGUUCCCAUGAGCGCAAGUAUGGUUCUUGCAAUCCUUCAGUUGUUCCCAGCAAGUCAAGCUUAGAGAUAUACAAGAAGUUAGUCCUGGCCCAGCGGGCCCAGAUACUUGUAUCCAGUUUUAUACAGGCGAUAUAUGGCGUCCACAUAACUUCCAAGCAAUGGGAUGUACUGGUUGACAUUCGUAUAGCGUCAGCUUUUGGAUUAUGCAGUCACCUAUUACUCUGUCCGCGUAUUUUCGCUAGAGAGCCUUACAUCUCUUUUGUCUAUUCACAGCUACCUCGGUGUGACCCUGAUACUCGAUUGAUGCUGCUGCAAUAUUUGCUUUUGGCUGGUCAUAACAUAUCCGAGGAGCAGUUGGGUAUCCUUAUUGGUGUCCAUAACAUAUCGAUGCGCGACGGUUGUUACCAGGUAUGCGAGUAUAUCGAGCUGCUGCUUCUUGGUGAUAUCCACUGUGGCCACGGGCAGAGUGUGGUAUCUGGUCAUAAGCACGACAGCCAGCUGCAGGCACUGCUUAAUACACUUUCUCGAGGUCCUUGUGCACCUCUAGCAGUCCUUGUGGCGUCACUCUACAUACCAGCUCUACCUAUACACAAUUUUUGCAUACCACUCCGUGUCUCAGCUGGGUCCUUGCGUUCCAGGUACCGCAACAUACUCUUUACAAAAGUUCAAGGUACCGAGAAGGCAAUCAAGAUAAACGACCCUGAGAGUAAAGACCCAGGUAUAUUUUCCAAAUGCAUGGCCCAGCUAAUAUCGUAUACCAAAUCCAUACCAAAUCGCAACGCUUUUGGGUCUAACUUAGUUGUAUCUCUAUGGAAUCACAACACUGUAUUCUCUAGGGUGUCAAAUGUCCUGGACUAUAUAUGCGCUGCGGGUGAUGUUAGUGUGAAUUCCGUUACUCUGGAUGAGGGUAUCCAGGAAAUGCUACUGAACAUAGCACGAUCAAGCCUAGAACACGUAUUAUCCUUGGACAACGGCCCAGAGGACGUCCGUAUGGAUGCCGUAGGCAGUGUGAUAAACCACGGCGAAGCACUUUUGAAGUUGUUCAAGGCCAGCGUGCAGCAUGUAACUAUUGUGCUGCAAAUGAUAGAAUCGGCGUCCGGUAUGGCCCAAAGUUGCGGUAUCCCAGUUCCAGGUAUUUUCAUUGGUGCCAUCAAGGAUAUGAUAUUACACAUAGUGUUUAAAGUACAAGAUGACACAGCUGUGGAUGCCAUUCGGUAUGGUGUCCGGUCAUUGUAUAAUCUAGGUUUUAUUGCUGAAACCAAGGCGCACGUAUCUAGUUUAUAUGAUCUCCUAUCGGAGCGCAGCUGCCGUUUGAGUGAGUCGUGCGUGACUACUUUACACUGUAUAUUGAUUUUAUUACACUAUCUUCCAUUGGAGUUAGAGAGUGCCCUGAGCCUGAUUAGUGUGGUCCGGUGCCAACUGGAAUGCCCUUUAGGCUCAGAUCGUCUUUUAUGGUGUGGCAUCGGCUAUGUACUUUUUGAAGCGGCUCUCUACAAGAGCUUACGUUCCGGUAACAAGACUCUGGAUGACGCAUACAUCGCACUUCGCAACUCCUUGCUCACUGCACUUGCUUCUCUGGUUGGACCUAGCAGUACUGAUUACAUCAAUGUAGUCGCCUUCACUUCCAUGGCUACACUUAUCCAGGUAUCUGCACUGGUUGUUAAUACCGGUCCACUGCCUGGAGGUAUCGCCACAGCUAUGUAUGAUGUUAUACAUGCUUUUCUUGUAAAGCUCAACAAGAGUAGCUCCCGGGGUCCACUCAAUUCAUUGCCUAAAAAGGGCAUUACCGUAUCCGACGUGUUUGUCAACGGUAUGACAGAUAAGCAAUACACGAUAUCUCCCGUUGACGCUUUGUAUUGCCUGGGCGGCCUAUUCACGAAAGUGCUCUCCAGGGAUCUUUACUGCAGCGGUGUAUCCAUCUUGUUAUCGUUGCAGUUGGUAUCUAGUCAUGAACUGUUAAGUGACAUGGGUACUACAUUCAUCCGAUUUGUUUCGCAAUUCGAUCGUUGUAUCUCCAUUUACAUAUUACUGGCCACAAUGAUUGGUCUAUACGAAUCCGAUUCCCGGUACAUGAUACCUCGUUUCAGUACGAACUUCACUCAGGCACUGGAUGGCAUGGUAGACCCCCAAAAACUUGAUGUCGACCUAUUUUGCUACAUGGCAGUGCGUUAUUCUCUACACAGUCCUGGUAACUGGGACUUUCUACUGGAGUCCUCAAAGGUUGCAAAGGAGUUGAAAGGCCGCCAGAAAAGUGUUACCACUGUAUUCAAGAAAUCUAUGGUUGAUAUUAUAUCCAAAGUGGAGCUAGAACCUGACCUUCGCGAUAGGUUGAAGCAUUUCUUCAGUGCUGUGGAUCUACCUGAUAAAAUUAUCAGUACACGCUCUGUGAUGAGUGAUGCUGAGCAUAUUACCAGUACCAUUGAUAACUCGCUGGGCAUUGUACGAUCACUGCAGGGCAAUAUUGAUUUCAAUGCUGUGGGUGGACUGGUCCAUGUUAAACGUGCUACGGGACCAUCAGUCAAGCGGAAGCAUGUAGAGAGUGUUACACCCAAGUAUCACGAUUCCUCGGUCACGUAUCCGGAUAAUUCACCUGUGGUUGUGCGUACGUUUACCAAUUCAUUGGUUAAUGUGACAUUGGCCAGUAUUGGUAUGAAACGUAAUGAUAGGCUGUCUGUUUCGGAGGUACCGCUAUCAAGUGUUGACCUCGAUAUUGACUUGAAUUCCACUGGCAGUGGUUCUGGUAUGAUAUCUAUAGGCUCCUUGAGCCCUACCGUAUCGAGUGCUACGCCAGUUAUAUCGUCAGGUCGCCCCUCGAUAUCUAUCUAGUAGAUAACAUAAGACAUUAUUCAAGU